AUGGACCAGAAAGCGCAGCCAGAAGCAGAAGAUGGCCGGACAGUCGCCGCUGGCCAGGAAGAACGCUCGAUCGUUUAUCGAACCUACACGCAUCCCUGGUUCCAGAUCUUUCUGAUCAGCUUCAUCUGUUUCUGUUGUCCGGGAAUGUACAAUGCCCUAACUGGCCUUGGAGGCUCCGGCCAGGUCGAUCCAACCGUGGCAGCGAACGCGACCGUAGCCCUUCUCUCAGCGACCGCAGGAACCGCUCUAUUCGUCGUAGGACCCAUCUUCGACCGCGUCGGCCCCAGGAUCUGCCUGCUGUUUGGAGGAUGGACAUACCCCCUGUACGCUGGAAGUCUCUUGUGCUUCAACCGGACCGGAAACGGGGCCUUUGUUAUCGCCUCUGGCGCGAUUCUCGGUAUUGGCGCUUCGUUUCUCUGGGUCUCCCAGGGCGCUAUAAUGACCACCUACGUCCGUGAAUCCCAGAAGGGUCGCGCCAUUGCCGCGUUCUGGAUCAUCUUCAACCUCGGUGGCGGCGUUGGAUCGCUCGCCAGCUUUGGGCUCAACUACCACUCGACCAGUGGGACUGUCUCAGACGGAACAUAUAUCGCCCUGUUGAUCCUCAUGGCCGUGGGCUGGCUUCUGGGCAUGCUCAUAUGUCCUCCGUCCGCCGUGCGCCUUGAAGAGCUUCAGCAAUCGUCCCGGACUCAGACUGCUGUGGUCGAGACUGAGAAGCCCAAUUGGAAAAGCACUCUGCGCCUGGCUGCACGCACGAUCCUUGACUGGCGUGUUCUCUGCAUGCUCCCUCUCUUCUUCUGUGCCAAUGUCUUCUACUCCUAUCAGCAGAACAUCGUGAACGGGAUGACCUUCAACAUCCGCACGCGCUCCCUCAACAGCGCCCUCUACUGGCUCGCCCAGAUGCUCGGCGGCCUUGUCAUGGGUCUCAUCCUCGACAUUCCCGCUCUAACGCGGCCCGGCCGCGCGCGAGCGGGAUGGCUCUUCCUCGCCGUCACGGGGCUGGCCAUCUGGGGCGGCGGCUACGCGUUCGAGAAAUGGUCGAGUGACCGGCUCGCGCACGGUCUGAAGCAGGAUAUCGACUACACGCAGGGCACUGUCUCGACGGGGCCGAUCUUCUUGUAUAUCUUCUACGGCGCAUUCGAUGCGUUCUGGCAGUCGUACUGCUAUUGGUUGAUGGGGGCGAGGUCGAAUGACCCUGCUGUUGCGGCAGUGCUGGUCGGUGCGUACAAGACGUUUCAGAGUACCGGGGGCGCGAUGGCUUGGAGGAUUAACGCCCUGGAUAAGCCGGCCAUGACACAGUUUGCCAUGGACUGGGGGCUAUGUAUGGGUGCAUUGGUCGUUGCGAUCCCGGCGGUGCUGACUGUGACGAAAACGAGCACGGUGGACGCAGAGGUAGCGCACCAGGGUGAAAAGGGCGAAGAGAAGACAAUGAGUGCGAGCGUUAAAGGGUAA